AUGGAGGUGCCGAGUGACUGGGCGUCACUCCUCCCGGAUCUGACGCAACUCAUCGCCGCCCGCGUACUGGCGGCGGACGUGGUGGAUUACACGUCCUUGCGCGCCGUGUGCGCGAGCUGGCGUGCUUCCACGCCCAGUCCGCGCGACCCUAGCCUCCGUGACGCGCGUCUCCGACCGCGCGGCUGGGUCGCGCUAUGCGACGGCGACGGCGUGCGCCCGGCCGACGCAUGCGAGGUCGCCUUCCUCUGCACCGCCACCGGCAGGUGCGUCCGCGUCCGCCUGCCGAAGCUCCGCGGCCACCGCAUCGUCGGCUUCACCGACGGCCUCCUCAUCCUGCUCAACAAGGGAACCACCGCCGUCCGCGUCCUGCAUCCCUUCACCCGCGUCGCCGUCGAUCUCCCGCCCAUCGCCCCCAUCUUCGACUACAUGGUCAAGGACCAGCUGUCCCGCGCCUGGGUGAGAGCCGCCGUGUGCAUGUCCCAGAACUCCCCCGACUCCAUCGCCGUCGUCGCCUGGUUCCUCAACGCAGCGGGGGUGGUCGUCGCCGAGCGUGGCUCCCCGUGCUGGUAUACCGUGCACCACAGCCUCCAGCUUGCCUCAGCCGUCCCCUUCCAAGGCCGGCUCUAUGGCGUCGUCAGAAACAAGAUGGCGGUUCUGCAGAUCUAUCCUCAAUGCCUGGACCCUUGCAUUGCUCUUAUCCCAAGAUUUGACAUUCCUCAAGAGUCAAGACUAUUUCUUCUUCCUCCUGGAGUCUGCUGCGCGCCUGGUCAAGGGGACUCAUGUUUCAUGAAUACCACUACAUACCUAGAUCUUGGAAGUAUUUGUCCAAGAAACACAAAGCCCAAGACUGCGAAGUUCAGUUUCAAAUCUCAAGAGAAAUCUUUGAAGAAGUUGUCCAAGAAAAAGAAAUCCCAAGACUACGAAGUUCAGGGUCAGGUUCCAAGCUGCAUACUCGGUGAAGUUUUAGCUGCAGGAUUAGUAAAUGUUGUGAAUCCCAUGAGUUCAUUUUGGGGACUGUGGGCUAAGAAAAAGAUCGACAAAAUCAGGAGAUCUUUCUUGUGGAAGGGGGAGCAAAAUGCUAAUGGCGGACACUGCCUAGUUAACUGGCAAACAGUAACCAGACCAAAAGACCUUGGCGGGUUAGGCGUCCCAGACCUGGAGAGAUUUGGGCGAACCCUCCGGUUGCGAUGGCUUUGGCAAGAAUGGGUGGACGAUUCCAAGUCCUGGAGCGGCUCGGAGCUUCCAUGCUAUGAUGAUGACCGCCUCCUCUUCAACUCCUCAAUCAUUAUAUCGUUGGAGGAUGGUGCAAAGACGAAGUUUUGGCACCACAGUUGGCUCGAUGGACAAGCUCCUAGGUACCUAGCCCCGAACUUGUUCCGCCUAGUCUCAAGGACAAACCGCACGGCGCAACAAGAGCUCCGGAACAAUAAUGGGAUGCAUAAGCUAGGAAGGAAAAUCACCUCGGCUAUCCACAUAGAGGAGUUUGUGUCCCUCUAG